AUUUGUUGUCUCAUUUUCAUGAUGUUUUGUGGCCUGUUGGCCGAUUGACUGAUAACUUGUCUUGCUCUAUGAGCUGCUUAUGCCUCAGUGUAAUUUUGUCGUGUAUUGUGUUCGGUUGAAAUAAAAUCGUGGUUGUGUAGUUUACGAGUUGAUAUGUAGCACGCAAUUAAAAACUGGAAAAUAAAAGCAAGAAACAAACUUAGAAGAAUAAAUAAGAAGCAUAAUCUUAAACAACCAAAAAAUAAAAAUAAUUAAAUAAACCAAAAGAGGUUCGAAAGCUUGCUGGUUUGCGAAGAACAUUAUGUUACACGGUUUUAAUGCGGAUUGAAAACGUUAACGUUGUUGUCCGCAAUCAUGAGCACACCUGAAACACGCAGUAAAACUGUUACUUCUGAUGAAGAAGAUUUUAAAUCGAACAUUCCGCAUAGCUAUGACGAUCUACCAAAUACAUCAACAACACAACAAAGCAACAAGAAGCAGCACAGCCUUACCGAUUUCGAAAAUAUGGAUGUCCAAAAUAGCCCUAAUUCUAGCUUCAGUUGCCGCAUAUGGAAGAAUGUUGAUGACUUUAUGGAUGAAAAAUUAUCCGCCUUAAAUGCUACUGAACAUGAUGCUACCCACGCUACAUUGACCGAAUCGAGUUUAACAAUAUCAGACAUGGGCACACUUCUUGAAGCGGGGGAUAAGAAAAUACGUGCGGAUAGAAUCGAUCCACUACCCAGCCCCUUUCAAUCGGAUCAGAAUAAUUCAAAUAUGUUUCAACUAACUAAUUCGAUAGAAGAUACUAUUGAUCCAUCGAAAAUAGGCUGCAGUACACCUCAAUUCUCCAGCGGAAUCGAUAACUCCAAUAUGUAUAAUGAGAACGUCGAACAAGACAUUAAAUAUUCGCCCAGUGAAAUGAUCCUACAGACACCGUCCACUGAACAGUACAAGUACAAUUUAUCGCUUCCUUCAUCGUCACAUGUUGGCCAAAUGCAGUCGCCUCCAUCUUAUGGUCACCCGUUACCGCCAUCGCCAUCGCAUCCUUUGCUGGACCCUCACACAUUCGUACGUCCUCACCUGCAGCCACACCAAUCACAACACAGUCAGCAGCCCUAUGGACAAUAUCCAACACCAUCGGGCUAUCAUCCAAAUAUGUGGUACCCGAACGCACCAUAUGGAUCAUCAACUAACUACCCUAGGGCUUUUAGUGGUAAUCGAUAUCCUAAUUAUGGUAGCUAUCCCCCCGAUCACAUGCUGGAUAUGUUGCAACUAUCCAAUAGUGGUCGUGAGGCAAGAAACAGAGCAGAGAAAAAUAGACGAGAUAAACUCAAUGGAUCGAUUCAAGAGCUGUCCACCAUGGUUCCACAUGUUGCAGAAUCUCCCAGACGUGUUGAUAAAACUGCGGUCUUACGUUUCGCUGCACACGGCUUACGGCUUCAGUACAUAUUUGGGGAAAGCCUUAACAACCCCCGCCCCCAAUAUACCGAUUCAUUAAUGAAACUUCUGGAUAGGUUCUUUAUAGCCCUUACAUGUCACGGGCAAAUUGUUUUGAUAUCGUCAAGCGUUGAACAACAUUUGGGCCAUUGCCAGACUGAUUUAUAUGGGCAAAAUAUUUUAAACAUUACACAUCCCGAAGACCACAGCAUGAUGAAACAGCAAUUGAUACCUUCGGAUCUGGACGAGCUUUUCGAUUGGCAGGUCGAUGAUGAUUCAAGUGAGCCCAAAUCGCGUACUCCAGAGCAAGAGGAGUACAUAGAUAGACGUUUGCGAUCGGAUAAGCGGAAGUUCACCGUCAGGUUAGCUCGUGCUGGUCCCCGCUCUGAGCCUACUGCAUAUGAAAUAGUCAAAAUCGAAGGGAACUUUAAGCGCAGCGAUACAGCACCACGUGGCACAAGGGCAAACGCAUUUCCAUCCAAUAUACAUAUGAUACGGCGAUCACGUGGACGGGAUGAUACGAUACCGUUACACGCAAUAAGUGGAAAUGACAUUGUGCUAAUUGCUACUGCCCGAAUAAUUCGACUCCCCAAAGUUAUAAAUAGCGUGACUGUAGCUAAUGCAAUGGAGUAUAAAACGAGGCAUUUGAUUGAUGGCACCAUACUUGAUUGCGAUCAAAGGAUUGGACUUGUAGCUGGUUAUAUGACUGAUGAAGUGCGAGACUUGAGUCCUUUCACAUUUAUGCACCAAGAUGACAUGCGAUGGGUGAUUAUAGCUCUGCGGCAAAUGUAUGAUUGCCAUAAUUCAACUGGAGAGUCCACCUAUAGACUAAUAACCCGCAAUGGACGAUUCAUUUAUCUGCGAUCAAAGGGUUAUCUGGAAGUUCACGAAGAAACAAAAAAGGUACAUUCAUUUUUUUGCGUAAACACUCUGCUGGACGAAGAAGAGGGAAAGCGGGCAGUUGAGGAAAUGAAAAGGCAGUAUUCUCCGAUUGUAAACGCCAAAAUUCCACAAACCUCGGUGGAUGAGCCCGCUUCAAAGAAUCCGCUACAACUUGAAAAGGCGGUCCUUUGUCUAAUACAAAAUUUGCAACAAUCGCCACUUGAAGAUGAUGAUGAUGAUGGCGAGUCAUCGACCGAAAGUUUUAGCAACGAAUACAUGGCGCCAGACUUCGGGCCCACAACAUCUGCGGCAGCAAUGCAUCGGUAUUCGGCUCUCUCCACUCCAUACUCCUCUAUACGAUCGGCAGCAUAUCACUUCGGCAAAUCAGCCAAAACCCCUCCACUUGCAUUAGUUCCACCCGAAACUGCUUCCGUCAAAACUUCAAUAUCAAAAAGUGUGAACGUAGUUAAUGUUACUGCAGCCAAGCACUUACCAAGCAAUAAACAAGAAAAAACAACAGUUACAAACGACUGUGAAGCAAGAGUGCUUUUUGAUCCACAGACUGAAGGAGGUACACCAGCUCAUCAUGGUGUCAGCUGCUCAUGCCAAGGUAUGAACGCCAAGUACUGUAAUUAUUGCCAAUCGAUGGAAAAUCAGCUAGCAAACUCCUCGCUCGCACCUCUAGGAAGGAGUGCUGUGGCAGACACACCGGGUAAUAAGCGAAGUGCUGACCACACACAAGAAUUGAAAUUGCCUAAAAGACGUUUGAAAAGCACUGAAAUCGAACACGUGCUUUCAAAUUCACUGGACCAAUUGGGUAGAACACUAGAUGAACAGCUUAACGCAGCAAUCGAGUUGCGUGACAAAAGCAGUAAAUACGAGAUGCCUAAUUCGAAUCAUAGGAUUGACGAGAUAAUGGAGGAGCACCAAUUGCAGAGCAAAAUCUAUGUCGAUAUCAAGAGCGAGUAUGAAGUUCAAAAGCAAAAUAAAUGCAUCGAUGCGAGCGCAACGAAACACACGGCGUUAUCGACCACAAUUACUCCAUUAGAAACGCACUGCAUUCAACAACAGCGGCAACUACUGAGUGAUGAUGAUAAUGAUGAAUAAUCUUGAUUAUGCUCGAAACAAUCUACAGGAAGCUAAGUGGCAACGAAUUAGUUAAUUAUAUUUGAGCCGAACACGUAUACAAACACACAUAUGUACAUAAUAUGUAUCUUCUCAAUCACCCAAGGUUUCGUGCGUGUGAUACCGACAGAUCAAAUUGCUCAGAAGAAAGCUUUUCAUUGCAAGCAAGACAAACUUCAUGAAUGAAUACCUCUCAAUUUAGCGAAAGGAUAAUUAUUUAUUUUAGGCUUGAAUGAAGGUCGGCAUUCGAUUGCCAACUACCUCAUUUAUUUGUUUACAAUACUUACAAUUAAUUUAUAUAUAUUUAUAUAUAUAUACCAUAUAUUUUGAAAUUAAAUAUUAAAUGUACGGGUAUGUUCAUAUUAGAAAGGUACAUAUGUUAUAUAGGUGCCAUAUGGACUACGCUAACGUGUCUGAUAAUGGCGUAUGAGUGAUUUUUAGUUUGGCUAUUAGAAAGAAAGUGUUUGUAUACAUACGCAUAUUUGUACAUGCACCUAUUUGAAUGCAUUUACUACAAGAACAUAUAAGUUUGAUAAGUACUUACAUAUGUAUGUAUAGGUAUAUAUGUUGAGCUAAUAUUGUUAGGUCAAUUGUGUUUAUCAACAAUGUGCUAUAUGUAUGUACAAAUGUAUGUACUAUUUUAAGAGUACCUUAGUUAUGAAUAUGUAAGUUUGUAAAGCACAUGUAUGUAAGCAUAUAUUACAUUUUGUAUAUACAGAAAUAUUAGAUGACCGGUUGCGCGCAAUAUGCAUUUUAUGCAUAUACAAAUAUACAGGAGUUUGAGUGAUUAAACAAAAAAUAUCGGAACACACAAAUGCAUAGCUAGCUCUAUAUUUUAUAGUCGUACCCACAAUAUGUUUAAACACAAACCUAUUACAUU